GUUGCAUCGCGAUAGUCGACGCACGCAUCCGUUUUUCCAUCAACCUGGGCUAGCUCCGGGUUUUUGCUUGGCACCACCAAUCAAACUUGAGACUCAAUUUCCACUCACAAGAUGCCGCCCCGCGAGUCCGCUGCCUGGCAACCUCAACAUGGCAGCAGCCCGGCACACUCUUCUACAUCACCACUUUCCUGCCAUUCGUGUCGACGGCUAAAGAGACGAUGUGACCGUCAAUACCCACGUUGCGGACUCUGCCAACGAAAACAAGCCCCAUGCGAUUAUCCCCACCAAAGGAAGGAAAGGGUUGGACGCAGCGCAAAGAGUAGCUCACAGGAUCUUUCUUCUCCUUCAUCGUUCUUGUCGGCUUCGUCUCCAACCCUCAGUAGCACCACGUCGCCGCAGAGUUGUGCGACAAGUGCGAGCCAACCAGAUCAUCUACGAAGUAAAUCAAAAAAGGACAAUGCGCACCAGCAGUUGUCAGAGCUUGGCGGGCUAAAUCUGCUAGCUGCCAGCUUCCUUGACCCUGAUGACUUCAUCCGAGCGCAGCUGGAGACCGAAAAGCCCAAUGUGGUCAUUACCAAACAUGUUGCAGACCUGGUCGGCAGUAUCGGCGAUAUCCAAAACAGGGCACGAAUCUUUUUCGAAUCUGCACAUACUUGGAUGCCUAUAGUCUCCAAGGUCCAAUUUCACCGGCACUUGCUCCAGAGGCUUGCCCUCCAAAGAGUCGAUCUGUUCUUGCUUGUGCUGGCCAUGAACCUACUAGUAUCACGGGCCAGCGUUGCCAAAUCCAUGCUCUACCGAACCGUAAAGCAGCUCUACUUUGACGUAGAAUCUGCAGGCAGGCUCUCAGUGCAGUCGCUUCAGGCCGCUCUUCUCAUUGCGCUUUACGAGCUUGGUCAUGGGAUAUAUCCUGCAGCCAUAAUCUCAGUCGCCAGCUGCGCGCGCCAUGGUACGCUUUUGGGCGUGCAAAAGCAUCUCACAAACACCGGGCUCUUGGAGGGCAUGUCAUGGAUCGACGUGGAAGAACGUCGCCGGCUCUGGUGGGCCAUUGUGAUACUGGAUCGAUUUAUAAACCUUUCACACCCCAAUCCAUCUCUGGUCACUCAAGAUCCAGACCCAGAGAGCUAUCUACCAGCCGAUGACGAUGACUAUGACAAUGGAGUUUCUCCAUCCGACGAAGCAGUUCAGCUUCGAUUAUCGUCCCAGGUCCACCUUGGCAGAUUUGCCAGAUUUGCUCACUCGGUGCCUUUGCUUAGUCAAGCUAUUUCUAGAUCUGGCGAAGACCAGGAGAAUACUGCACAGCUACGACGCACCAUUCUCUCGUUGAUCCACCUGGGCGACGUAGAGGGAAUGGAGGACAGGAUUUUGCUAUGCACGCUAAAUGCAGUAAGCUAUCUGGCAGUAUUCACACUCGAUAAUGCUGUAAUGCAGCUGCGGACCAAGGCGACCAAGAAGCAACCGGUCGCUGCCGAGGUCGUGUCUCCCGAAACCAUCUCUGCGAUUCAGCAUGGAAUUGAAAUCAUGACGCUGGAAACGUCCAGGAUUAACCUGGAGCAUCUUUCACCCUUUCUUCUUCAUAUGAUGUACAGAUCACUGUCAAUUUUGUUGUCGCUGAACCAGAACCCUCCCGACAGCAUGCAUGUUUCUGACAACAUAGACCUUCUGAAACAUGGCCUAGAGCGCCUCCAGAGCCGUUGGCUAGUCGCAGAAACCUAUUUGUUGCUAGCUAAGCGCCAAGAAGUCUUCUCACAUGUUCAGCCGGCCUGAGUCGAGCGAUUAGUAAAGGUUCUAAUGAGAAAAGCCUUUAAAUGUCGGGCAAAGUAAAGAUAUAGGACUUGAUAGAAUACUAGUACCUAAUUAUAUCAGCGAGGGCGGCUUUAAUGGGACACCUGCAGCCACGUUGAUGGAUGCACCACACCAUUGUCUCCGCGCAAAUCUAUAGUAACCAGUUUCUUCUCCAAAAGCGUACAGAAUAAAAUGCUAUUGCCAAUUAACGCGAUGUGAUGUUUGUGAGUGUUUGACGCCAUGGGCGUGGAGGAAAUGGACGGGAUUGCACAUGUCAUAUAAACUGACCGACUGGCUUUAUGGGAUUCUCAAAUAUAAAAACAUUAAAGUAAUAAAAAAAAGUUCAUCAUUUUUCAUAGCUACACAUUAGACUCUAGUAAAUUCCUUUUAUUCAUACUCGUACGUGAUCAAGGUCGACUUAGAUGGAGAUUGCUUCCGCCUUGGACAAGACUGCGUAAGUGGCGUAACUCUUACUCGAAAAUUCCAUCGAUACUCGAAUAGUAGUAAGGUAAUAGUCUGUACCUUAGCGGAAAGAUGCUGAUUUUCUGGACGUUUAAAGAUAAAAAGACGUUUGUUUGUAUAGGCAAAAAACGUUUCUAUAUAAUAGAAGGUUCG